AUGGAAGUAAUCACCCAUUCAGAAUACAAUCAACUUCAACUUGAUUCAACAAACAUGAACAAUAUCAACAACUCUUUCGAUCCACCUCAAAAAAGUCUGUCAACAUCUCAGAGAAGUACACCAACGCCUCCGUAUAGUAUUCAGCAACAAGUAGGUGGGCAGCAACCCAACCAGUUUGUUUCUACACCAAGAGAACCGAUUCAGAACGGAGCAGUCCAAACAUCUCUUUCGGGACACUCGUCAACAAUACCGACAAAUCACGAUAAUUUAAAACCGGUCCUCCAACCAUCUCAUUCGCCUUAUGUUCCUCCCAUUCAACCUCAACAAUCUGUUCCACAACAAAGCUAUUCCCAAGCUCAGUAUGAUUCCUAUACGGCAUAUCCUAUUAGAAGCACCUACGUUCCUCAAUCUGAGGUCUAUCAACCUACAUAUCAAGUCCAUCCAGAUAUGUCAAUGCAACAAAACACAGUCCAGCCUCCACCUAUAGUUCCAACACAGCAUUAUAAUUCUGGCUCUAUGCCAAUCGACAAUGUUGCAGUUGCAUAUCCCAUUGAAUACGCCCACUACCCUGACCUCACCACUAUGGUAAAUUCCAAUGCAAACAUCGCGGUCCCAUUAGUAGAAGCACAGUUUGUAGACCAUAAAGUGUGCAGUCUUUGCGGAAAGAAAAUUACUCGUGAUAUGUCGCGACAUAUGAGAACACAUCAAGCAGAAUCUAGAUUUACUUGUGUAUUUCCAAGAAGUCAAUGCAUCCAUAAGCUGGGUAAAUUUAAUCGACCCUAUGAUUUCAAAAAGCAUCUUUUGAAUAGACAUUUUCAAUUCGACAAUCCAACAGUUAAAAAAUUACAUAAUUUGAGUGAUAAAUUAGACCAUUGGGGUACCUGUCCAUGUGGGCAUAGAGCUCUAGGUAGACAUUGGUUAGAUUUCCAUGUAUUAACUGACGAUGCUUCUAAUCGUUGUCCAUACAUCGAAGUGCCAUGA